CGCCUUGCAUCCCCGACCAGAUACCCAUCCAGCUCGUUCGAUCGGGUCAUUGACAGCUGGGAUCAAAAUGGCCGACACAGAUGAGGCCGCCAUUCAUAUGCCCUCGCAGGACUCGGGCGCAUACAUCGACACCGACCUCUCGGAUGAAACCCAGGACUUUCGCAUGUUGAAUAGCAUUUCCUUUCUUACAGAUGGAUCACAACAAACUCUCCCGAAACGAGGUGAAAAGGACUUCGAACCGAACCCGACGCUUUUCCAAGCCGACAUCCUCUCCGCCUCUCGGCAGGCAAUGCACAAUGCCCUCUCAUACCCCCGUCUACACCACCCUAAGACCCAAGUGAUAGGCGUCUUCGCCCCCAAUGGACCUACGCCUCCAAAAUCCGCCCAGAAACUCGAUACCAUUACGGAGGAUUCCGAGCCCUCGAAGCCCGCAGGCACGGGAAUGGGCGUCCACGCAGACUCGUGUGUCUAUGUCUCGAAUCCGAAGGGGCAAUAUUUCAAGUCAAUAGGACAGGCCGAUCGGUGGAACCGCAUUUGGCUGCUCCCGGAAGAGGCUCUGUAUCUACUUGAAAGAGGGACCUUGGACAUCAGGUGGCCGUGCUCGGAGGUCGGUUGUGCUGACGGCGAUGGCACGGAAGACUCGGGGAUCCCGAUGAGCUUGCAGGCUGCUUAUGCGGCUUUCAUGGGGCGGAGCGGUCUGACCAGUGAGAGAUUCUCGGUCUAUACGGGAUUGAGGCGGUUGGGUUAUACGAUCGUUCGUGCCCCCGGGUGGUACGAUGAGGAAGAGGGCACAGAUAGCAGCGAAUCAGAACAGACGACACCGGAGAGGCCGCAGGCUCUCGGUCUAGCUGGGAUAUUUGGGCAACUUUUGCAAUGGCUAUACAAGCCCAGCCCCACGACAGCGUUGGGGCCUGUUGCUGGUCUUGGAAUUCAUCGCAGUUAUGACAACAUAUAUCGGAGCAUAUCCAUAAUCCCUUGGUAUGACCCGACUGCCUCUCCGACCCCGCCUCCUCGUACAACACCCCCCUACCGCGUUGUUUUCCACAUCUAUAAACCAUCCACACCUUUCAAGAAGUCCGCCCCUCCGACCCCAGACUUCAGGCUGGCUGUUGUGAAUGCUCGCACUCACACCACCUUCCCGACAUCGUAUCAGCUCGGUGCAUUGCUCGAGAGCACGCCGCUCGACCCCCCCAUCGGCGAGAAGAUGAGUCGCCAACUAUACAUGCGACUCCGGCACGGAUAUAGGAACGUGAUCCUAGCAGUGGUGGACGAGGGUGUUGUGAGCUAUCUUCGGAUUGCGGACUCGGCAUUCGGCAAGGAGAAGAUCUACAAAGAGAAGAACACGAGAGGAAACAAAGGACCAUGGCGUCCACGACCGAAAGGGCGAUGAUGACGAUAAGCUUCGAUUGUACAAUAUGUGUCAGCUAUGAGACCUGAGAAGGUCAAGAGCAUGUCCCGCCUAGAAUAGGGCCCUGCAAUCCACCAAGGAAAGGAUGAGGGCUGAAUAAAAGAGAUGGCGAUAGAUCUGCCAUCAUCUUUAGGACAUCCGCCCAUAGGUGAGAACGGAUGUAGAUGCUCAGAUGGCCAAGCCAGUGGACAUGUGUGUUGGCUGAACGAAAGCAAAUGUGUGGGGCAAAAGGGCCAAGAAAGGACAUGGCACAGCGUCUUCUGUCUAUUCAUUCCAAGAUCUAUACCCAGACCUCAACGCCAUCCUACCGUACGUGAGGUGAAAUUGAAACCACCGAACUCC